GUCAAAAAAUUGAACACACCAGCAGUGUGAGGAGACCUGAAAGUGGCACAUGGCAUGGCAUGAGUGUGGCGAUGGAGACCAGCAGCAAUGGGGGGCCGUACAGGGACCCAUGAGAGACUCUGGACCUGGCAGCAGCAUGAGGAGGCGGUAUAUAGGGGCCUAUGGCACAUUAGGGGCCUGGCAGCAGCUAUGGGAGGCCCGUAAUCUGCCAGCACCCUAUGUCAAAAAAUUCAAAAACACCAGCAGUGUGUGAGGAGACCUGAAUGUGGCACAAGGCAUGAGUGUGGCGAUGGAGACAGCAGCAAAAAUGGGAGGCCGUACAGGGACCCAUGAGAGACUCUGGACCUGGCAGCAGCAUGA